AGUGAGAACGAUUCAAAACAGCAUGUUUUCAUUCGCAGUGCGGUGUGUUUCGCGGAAUGAUUUUAUUGUAAAUUUUGCCUGAAAUCGUGAUUAAUUUACGUGAAACAAGUGCGAAUAGAUUUGAUCCAGUGGGCGGAACGAAAUAAUGGGUCUCACGAAGCAAUAUUUAGCGUUUAAGCCGGUGGCAAACUUCAACAUUAUAGCCAGUGGGCGCGCCAAUGUUGCAUUCGUGACCGUCGGCGGCGUGGACGGGCGUUAUGUGGCCGUGGCUGGGGCCGAGCAGGUUCUGGUGUGGAAUACUAGACUCGGCGAAAAGAUGCUGGAAUUCGUUCGGGACAAGCAGGAGGUAACCUACCUCCGCCCCAGUCCGGACCAGAAACAUCUGGCCGUGGGCUACACGGAUGGUGUCAUCGAGCUGUUCAGUUUCGAGAGCAAACAAUCUGUCUGUUCGUUUGCGGCGCACCGAUCGGCCGUCAGUGCCAUGAACUUCGAUCUGAUCGGAUUGAAGCUGGUGUCCGGUGGACUGGAUAACGAUCUGGUCGUUUCGGAUGUGGUGGCCCAGAGUGGAAAGUGCCGUUUGGUGGGCCACAACGGGGCGAUUACGGAGGCUCGUUUCAUGGAACGGUACCACGAUGUGGUGGUUUCCAGCUCGAAGGACACUCAGAUCAAGUUCUGGAACAUCGAAACACAAAACUGCUUCAAAACGAUCGUCGAUCACAGGACUGAGGUUUGGGGGAUCGCUCUGAUGCGUAACGAUGACUUUUUGGUGGCCGGAUCGGGUGAUACACAACUGUCUGUGUAUAAAAUUGCGGAAAACACUAGCAAUCCGGUGGAGGAGCCUACGGGAGACUUGGACAAUUUGCUGCUGGAGUCGGAAGCCACUAGUCCAUUCAGAUGUACGCAGAUUGGAAACAUCCAACGAUCGGGAUUCGGUCGUACGAUCAACUUGGUUGUCGAAAACGGUGGACAAAUCUUAGGAUGCCACGGAACCGACAAGAAGAUUGAACUGUUCUACUUCUACAGCGUGGAUGAGGCCAUAGUUCGAUUGACGAAACGCUUGAAGAAGUUAGACGCCAAGUCCAAAACGGAUGACAGCAACACCAAUCCCAAUUCAGCCGAGCGCCAACUCUCGUUGGUCGAUGAGAUCAAACGUCUUCCGGCGGUAGCUGUUCCGGAGAAGGUCAAAUCGUUCGAUCUACUGCUGGGAGCUAACGACGAGCUCCGGAUGUGCGUGACCUUCGUGAAAAACUUCAUCCAAGUAUUCACGCUGAAUGUGGCCGAGAAGCAUGCUGAAGCCAAUGCCAUCCACACCAUCCGCCAGCAGGGUCACCCUUCAGAGGUCCGCAGUGUGGCCUUCAGUUCCGACAGUUUAGCCAUAGCUUCCGGAAGUGGAGAGUCCUUGAAGUUGUGGAGUCGUGCUUCCCAGUCUUCUUUGAGAACCAUCGAAACGGGUUACGUCGUCAGUACUUGCUUCGUUCCGGGCGAUCGACAUGUUCUGGUUGGUCUAAAAACCGGACAACUGCUCAUCGUUGAUAUCGUCACAGGAGAGAUCAUCGAGCGCAUCGUGGCACACGAAAAGGAACUCUGGAGUAUCGUUUUGACGCCGGAUAUGCGGGGUUGCGUCACUGGUGGUGGCGACACAACGGUCAAGUUCUGGAGUUUUGAGUUAAUCGCAGAUCCGUCUAGAGACGACAAGAGCGAAGUCAAGGUACUCUCACUGCUCCACAAGAAUGUUCUGAAGUUGGAAGAAACUGUCCUCUGUGUUCGAAUUUCUCGCAACAGCAAAUACAUCGCCGUUGCGCUAUUGGACUCUACGGUGAAGAUCUUCUUCCUGGACACGCUCAAGUUCUACCUAUCUUUGUACGGUCACAAACUCCCGGUCCUUUGUAUGGAUAUCUCGUACGAUUCCACCAUCAUCGUAACGGGUUCCGCUGAUCGAAGUAUCAAAAUCUGGGGCAUGGAUUUCGGCGAUUGCCAUCGGUCUCUCAUUGCGCACGAUAACUCGGUAAUGGGCCUUCAGUUCAUCCCGAAGACUCACCUGUUCUUCUCCUGCGGCAAGGAUGGAAAGGUCAAACAAUGGGAUGCCGACAGCUUCGAGAAGAUUAUCACACUCCCAGGGCACGUCGGCGAAGCCCAUGGCCUAGCCGUUAGUCCCAACGGAAAGUUUGUCGUCAGCUGCGGCUCGGAUCGAACCCUUCGCCUGUACGAGCGUACCGAUGAACCCCUCGUUCUCCAGGACGUCCAAGAAGAAGAACGCGAAGAGCUGGAAAACCAAACCCUAGCAACCGGCGAAGAUUCCGCUGUCCCAGGUCUUCCAGGUCUAAAGCUGCCCUCCAAGAAAACCAUCGGAUCGGAAAAGGGCGCCGAAAACAUUCUCGAGUGUCUGGAAGUCAGCAAAAAGUUUGAACAGGAGGACUCCCAAAACAUCAUCCCUCCACUAAUGUACGCCUAUGAAGCAACCAACACGGACGACUUCCUUCUCGCUGUGCUCACCCGCAUCCGUGCCAGCGAUCUGGAAGAAGCUCUCCUGCUUCUGCCGUUUUCCGCCGUUUGCGAACUGCUCGAGCAAAUCCCAAAGCUCACGGACGCCCGCAAGGAUCAAACCGAAAUCAUCUGCAAGGUGGUCCUGUUCCUGUUCCGCAUCCACCAGAAACCCAUCGUCAACAACCAGAUGCUGCUGCCGGUGAUUCAGGAGAUCAUCGGCAAAUUGCAGGGAGCGAUCGUCCAACUGCGCGAUAUGAUCGGGGUCAACCUUCACGGGAUGCAGAUGCUGCAACGGGAAGUGGAAGCCAACCAAGGUGUACAGCUGUUCCGGGAUGCCACCAAGAGCCGCCGGCAGAAGGACAUGCGCCGCAAGAGGAAGGAAGCGGCUGCCAAGCGGACGUUUGUACAGAUCAGUACGUAGACGAUAGAAGUGAUCGUUUGGAGUAAUAAAGUUGUCAUAAAAUAA